CGCCAGCGCCCCUUUAUCUGCAACGAGUGCGGGAAGAGCUUCAGCCACUGGUCGAAGCUGCUGCGGCAUCAGCGGACUCACACCGGGGAACGGCCCAGUACCUGCGGGGAGUGCGGCAAAAGCUUCAGCCAAAAUUCCCACCUGGUGCAACACCGGCGGACGCACGCGGGGGAGAAACCGUACCGCUGCGGGGACUGCGGGAAAAGUUUCAGUUGGAGCUCCAACCUGAUCCAACACCAACGCAUCCACACCGGGGAAAAACCGUACAGCUGCGGGCAGUGCGGGAAGAGCUUCACCCAAAGCAAAAACCUCAUCAAACAUCAACGUACCCACUCGGGGGCUCGGCCCCACCGCUGCGGGCAGUGCGGUCGGGGUUUCGCCCAGAGCACCAACCUGCUGAAGCACCAACGGGUACACGCCGCCCGCGGUCAAAAUUCGGCGUGUCCCGAGUGCGGGCAGAGCUGUCGCGACGGAAAAGAGUUGGAGCGGCAC